AUGAAGGGUAAGGAAAACAAAAUAGUGACGUCUAAGUACACAGCAUUCACGUUUUUUCCACUGAACAUGUACCACCAGCUUUCAAGACCAUCGAAUCUGUUUUUCUUGCUGACUCUUAUUCUGCUAUCGAUUCCCUCGAUAUCGCCAUUUUCGCCAUUUACGUAUUUGCUGGCGUUUGCAAUUGUAGUUGGGGCAUCUAUGGUGAAGGACGGAGUGGAGGACUACAGAAGGCAUCAGCAUGACAGGGCCAUGAACCAGAAGCCUGCAAAUGUGAUAAGAAAGGGCUCGGCAGGGGUGUGUGUUGAGGAGAUACAUGUUGAGGAUUUGACGGCUGGGGACUUUAUUUUGAUUAUGAAGGAUCAGGAGGUGCCUGGGGAUGUGGUGCUGCUGAAUAGCAAGGCUGAGACUAGGAACGGGGUAAGAUGCAAGUCGCAUUGCUUUGUUGAGACGAGCAAUCUUGAUGGAGAGUCUAAUUUGAAGAAGAAAACAGUGCCUGGCAAUACUGGGUGCGGUUCUUGUGAAGAUGCAGCACAUGAAUAUAGCGACGGCGAGCAACGAUGCAACAAAGGAGUUUGUAUUUGUGAUUGUGACAUGUACUAUAUAGACAAGAUUGCAGGAUUUGUGGUUGAAGACACCGGAGAUCUUUUUGAUAAUUUUGAGUGCCAGCUUGAUAUUUAUGGAACGAAGGUUCUGUACAACGAGAAGAAUGUUCUACUGAGGGGGUCGAGAGUCAAGAACACAGAGAGUGUGUUUGGGAUGAUUGUGAGUGUGGGGAGGCAGACGAAGCUUGGAAAGAGCCACAUCAAGGCAAAGCCGAAGAUUUCGCUGUUUGAAAGAAGCCUUGGCAGUUUCAUAUAUGGGGUGUUUCUUGUGUAUCUGGCUGUGCUGAUCCUGACGUCGGUGCUAGGUGCAGGGUUUCUGAGGAGGGAAGGCAUGGGGUAUCUGUAUCCGAACGAGUAUCCUGCGGAGGAUGCACUAAAGCAGACAGGCACGAACUAUAUUCUGUUUAGCUACCUGAUUCCGCUGUCUCUUUUUGUUACGCUUGAGGUGUCCAGGAUGAUACACUCGAUGUUUGUGUUCCAUGAUGGCCAUCUGGCUUCUGGAGAGUACAGGUCUGUGUGCAGGAAUUCAAAUGUCACGGAAGACAUUGGGAUUGUUGACUAUGUGCUGACUGACAAGACAGGGACAUUGACCAAGAACUCAAUGGUUCUGAAGCAUUGUCACUGGCACGGAUUGCCGGGGAUUGUACCCACUGACAGGCUUGGAGGAGAUAUGCUGGACAUUGAUGUGCUUGGUGAUCAAGGCUCAUGCAGUAUGAACGGGGAUUUGAAUGAUGAGUAUUGGCACACGAUGUUUGUUGCAGCACUUUUGUGUUGCAACUCUAUAGAGCCUCUCAAUGGCAAGUUUGAGGGAGUUUCACAGGAUGAGCUGUGCAUUGUUGAGGAGCUGAAGAACCAAGGAUGCGUGCUUGUUGAGCGUGAUGCAAGGCAUGUCGUGCUUGAGAUGAACGGAAGGCGAACCAAGGCAGAAAUAGAGAUGGCGUUGGAGUUCAGCUCAAGUAGGCAGAGGAUGUCGGUAAUAGUCAGGAUACUUGGGAAAUGCAUGCUGUUUUGCAAGGGAGCAGAUCAGAUGCUGCUACGAGACAAGAACAUGAGUUUUGAUGGCGGAGACCCUGAGUUUAUCAGAACACUGAUCAACACAAACUCUGAAUACAGAUCGCUUGUUGUUGGAUGCAAGGAAAUUGGAGAGGAGAUGCUGAGCGAAAUGAAGAGCAGGCACAACGAGAUUUCGUUGAAGGGAAGACAUAUGGAGCAGGAGAGGAUUUUUGACAAUGCUGAGGAUGCAAUGAAGUAUCUUGGUACAACAUUUAUUGAGGAUGAACUGCAAAAGGAUGCUAGGGAAACGAUUGUCUCGCUUAAGGACGCAGGAAUCAAGAUAUGGAUGAUUACUGGGGACAAGAAGGAGACAGCAAUGAGCUGUGCAGAGGAUUGCGGAAUUGUUCCAAAGGGGCAAGAGGCUCAGUCGCUUGUGAUCAAAGGAGAGGAAUUUCUGAAGAAGUUUGUUGACGAGGAUGUGUUCAGUUACAGGUCGAUUGUGAUCUAUCGUGCAACUCCUAGCCAGAAGGGAAAGAUUGCUGAACGUAUUGUGGGCUUUGGAAAAAACACAUUGGCGAUUGGCGAUGGCAAUAAUGAUGUUCCGAUGAUCAAGAGCUCGCAUAUAGGCAUUGGGAUCAUGGGCAAGGAAGGCACGCAAGCAAGUCUGUCGGCAGACUUUGCGAUUCCUGAGUUUAGGUUUCUGAAGAGGCUGAUGCUUGUGCACGGAAGGUACAACCUGAUUCGGUUUUCAAAGAUAACCCUGAAUGCGUUUUUCAAGAACAUAUUUUUUAUUUCAAUACAGUUUAUGUACAACUUUUUCAAUGGAUACUCUGGAAUGCCGAUAUACAACAACUUCUUCCUGAACUACUACAAUGUGCUGUUUACGUCGCUUGUUCCGCUAUCAAUAGGUCUUUUUGAUAAAGACAAGCCCGAGGAGUAUCUGAUGGCGAAUCCAAAACGAUACAGUGAUGCAAGAAAGCACUUUGGAAAGCAUGCAUUUGUGUCUGGAUCGGUGUAUACGAUUGUGAUGGGAUGUGUUGUGUUUGGGCUGUCGAUGGGCGUGGUGUAUAUAAAAGAUCUGAUUGGAGCAAGCGGGCUAGUUGGCGGCUAUAUUCUGCUGACGAACUACUUUUCGAUCGUAGUCUUCUGGGUUGUUCUUGCCACACAGAUACGAGAGAUUUCCUAUUUUGUGGUGUAUUCGUGGAUUGCGAUUGCAUUGAGCAUCUUUCUUAACUUUGUGACGCUGUUUUAUAUCCAGGAGAUUGAUUCUACGGCUAACAAUGCAGCCAUGAAUCUAUUCUCAAUGCCUGUUUUCUACCUAGCCAGUCUGUUUGUUCUUUCGGGGACGCUGCUUGCAGACUUUGGAAUCCUAAAGAUGUUUUCGACAGUAAAGAAGAAUAUAGAAUCGUAA